CCACGUGUUACUAACACUGCCACCUCAGCCCUGCGAGAUCACCUCACAUCUCAGCCACUUGUCUCUCCGGACAUCAACCCCCAGACCAUUCUCUAUCUCGUCCCGUCCCAUCCUAAUCCAAUCCAUACCUACCUCCCAAGCUCCAUAUACCUCAAUCCAUCAUGACCGUCCGAUCCACCACCAGAAGAUCACUUGGCCCCAGCACAAACGCACAACGAGUCCGGCCAAGAGCCCGGGACGGAACCUAUACCAGAGCUAAGCCCACGCCGCACGACCAGGCCCGAGGCAGUCAAGGAAACUCGAUAAUCCCAUCCGUCAUGGGCAAACGUCCGUUCACCGCUAUCACAAUCGACGACAGCGAGUACGAAACCACCCCUGCACCCAAACGUCCACAACACCCGCACCCAGACGGGUCCCGGGCCGCCAUCCUCGUCUCAGCACCCGAUCUCGAGAUCCAGGUGGCCUUUACAUUCUCCGAGUUAUGUGCCGCGGGAAAAGCUCCGGGCGACGCCAACGAUGCACAGUUUGACCGCUUCAUGGCUCGGGUUUGUGACUCGGAGGAGGGGUUGAGGGAGACGGAAAUAUCUACUGGCGCUGCGGUGAUGACCAGGCUAGGUACAGGGUGGUGAAUGCUAUCUCGUGGCGCGCUGCGAUGCUGGAGUUGCGGGAGAGUGGGAAAUUUACGACUGCGUUGAAAAAGGGGAGGGG